AUGCCGAAGGACCGGCUCGCCAAGAAGGGCAGCGAGGCCGACGAGGAGGGCGAGGGCGAGCGACCGCCCCUGCACUUCAUCGCGCGCGCCGCUCGGGAGCCCCUGCCGCUGCCGAGCGGACAUCUUCAGGCCUCACUCCUGGUUGCACUGGCGUGGCAGCUCUACGGGAGUUGCGCGGACAUCGACCUAGCUGCGACCUCGGCGAGGUUCGCGUUCCAGUUCGCCCCCUGUGCCGAUGAGAAGUCCAGGAGAUCGACGCCUCUCUUGCACCGCUCGGGCGCGACGCGGUUUGAUGAGCUGGCCGGCGAGACUGUCGACGCGUUCUUUGUGGCCAAGGAGGAUGGCGAGAAGUCGGGCCGUUUGCGCGAUGCCGCGGUGGCCAUCGGCUCAUUUGACAAGGCGGCGCGCGCCGGCAUUGCCAGCGCCGCGCUGCGGCCGAUCAGCGAGCAAGCGUUCGCAUCCGACGCCUCCGCGGGCAACGGCGACGACGGGGGCUUGUUCGGGGGGGUCGGGGUCACUUGCAAGACCUGGGACUUCGAUCGCGCGCGGGGCGCUGCUCGGCGCCGCGAGAAGCGGCGCUGCGAGGUGGGGCCCGCCAUCGCCGCGUGGCCCCGCGUCUUGGACAGCGACUCGGCGGCGCCGUUCUUCCGCCAGUCCACGGGGGCCGCGGGCGGCCUCGGCGCAGAGCCCUCGACCGCGGACGCGUCUCCUCUCGAGCUUGACUUUGACGAGCUCGACCCGCUGAAGUGCUGCCGCAGCCAGAUUGGUAGACUCUCUCAUUCGGCCGACGCGCAGUUGCGAGCGUUGCGGGCCCAGGCUCUUGCGGCCAGCGUCCGCGAGCAGCGGCGGGCCCAUGCCGAGCGCGGCCAGGCGCUGCUGCUCGGCCUCGGGCUCGACCUCGCCGAGGGCGACCGCCCCGCCAGCUACGGCGCCGCGCUGGCCGGCGAGCGGCCUGCCUGCGUCCGCGGCGGCGCCGGCGAAGCCGACGGCGGCUCGAGCAGUUCAUCCAGCAGCUGCGCGGGCUCGCAGGCGCAAGGCCGAGGAGCAAGGGCGUGCUCGAGCGGCGGAUCGAGCCCAGAGUCCCAGAGUCAUCAGGCCGGUGCUGCGGCCGAAAGGCAUGGUCUGACCUUCUUGCGGCGGCUCAAGGUCGGCAAGGCCGAAAGCCUCGCGUUCGAUCGGGAGCUCGCGGAGUGGGUCGAGCGGCCAGGGGCCCAGAACUUCCUGCGCGCCAGCGCGUCGACGCUCGACGCGAGCGCGGCCGAGUACAUGGAUGGAUUGUUCUGGGCGGGGUACCAGGCCGACGCGGGUUCCACGUUCCCGUCGGCGCCGCAGCACCGCCGCCCCGGCCUGGUGCGAGGCAGUCUGGGGGGGCUGGGCGAGAGCCGCGCGGCCUUGGCAGGCUUUCGCGCCCGUUCCAAGAUGCAGUCGCGGAGCCCGCCGGCGAAGCCGUGCUUUCUGGGCGCCGUGGGGCUCAGCAUCCUCGAGGGCGACCUGGAGGUUGCCGUGGCGCUGCUGGCGGCUUGGGAUGCGAUGCUGCGGCCGCCCGUCGACCUGCUGGAGGUGACGGGCGCCUCGCUGACAGGGCCAGGGCGCGGGCCCUUGCCCCGCCGGGCUUUGUCGUUCCACCCCGAGGGGGCGGGCAGGCGCAGCAAGACGCAGGGCCACGACGCGGGCGCGAUGCUGCUAGAUCCGAUCUGGCGAGGCGUAACCGGGACAGCUGCGUCAGCAUCGGGCACGUCGAGCCUGGCGCGAGAAAUUGCGGCCCUGCAGCGGCGCCCAGUUCACCUCGAGGUUUCGGCGGCGCCUGGCCGGUCUCCCCGGUUGCCCCGAGGCCGUGCCCCACCAAGUACGGCAUGGCGCAGCGAGCCGCGCGGCGGCUAUCGGCCAGAUGCCACGCACUCUCUGCGCUUCAGGAGCGCACUCGGGGCCAGCCAGCACGGCGCGCUACGCUACGCCAAGCGCGCGAGGUACUUGGCCGAGCUGGACAAGGUGGCGCCGUCCGUCAGCAAAUGGGCGGACCUCGCGGCAGCCCGUGGCUUGCUAGCCCGAGCUGGCAAGUUUAGUAUUGUCUGCAUCCAUCAGUUGCUGUUGGAAGUGGGAUUUGGCACUGACGAGGUGCGUCGUCAGCUGCUGGGCCUGGACAGCGUUGCCUCCAGCUGGACUAGCGGGAGCUCUUGCGACCUGGCAGUGGUGCGACGCCGCGUGGUGGGUUGGCUCAGCUCUCGUGUCUGGCGAGGCUUGGUUGUGGUGCUGCCCGAGUUCGGCAGUAUUGAGGCGUCCGCCGACUUGCGCCGUCUCGCCUUCUACGCCGUAAAGGCCGGCUGCCCCGUCACCCUGGCGAGCGCCGAGCACGGCUGCGACCUUUCCGCGCAACGGUUUCGCGACAGUUUCGCCGACCAGGAGUUUGCCCACUCGUCGAUCGACGACGAGAUCAGGGAGGUGGAGAAGAAGCUGACGGCCCCCGGCACCUCCGACGAGUUGCAGCUGGUCCUCGAGAAGAUAUCCGAGGAGCGGUCGGACAACGAGGCCCUGACGAGGGAGAUGUCGCAGCUCCGCGCGCAGAUCUCGGAGCUCCGGCGGUCCUACGCGGAGGUGAGGGGCAGGCUCUCGGCCGAGGAGCUGCGCAUGCAGGCCGAGAUCGACGGAAGCACCUGCGAACAGAGGAGCCGGCGGAACGCCGCGGUGGCCAAGGCGCGCGCCGCGGAGUCUCGUCUGGGGGCCCUGGAGGGGCGCUUCGAGGGAGCGCAAGGCGACAUCGACAGGGACACCCAGACGCGGCCCGUCAUCCGCGGCGAGAUCCAGAGCCUCACCCAGAAGGUCGUGGACAUCGGGAGGGAGAAGGAGCAGCUGCUGGAGCUCAUCCAGACGCUCGCCGCCGAGGUGGUGGGCACCGCGGUGCUGCUCGGCAUGGAGGAGGACGAGAAGGCCGAGCUGGCCGCCCACCUCGACGAGGUCAAGAUGCAGGUGGAGCGGCUUUCCAGCGAACUCGGCGAGGCCGAGCGAACCAACACAUUGUUGCUCGAGGCGAGGGUGGUCAUCCAGGGCGAGGUGGGCAAGUUGACGCAGAAGGUCGUCGACGGCGGCGCGCGGCGGGAGGUUUUGCGGCAGAGCAGGGCGGACGCGCGAGCGCGGCAGGACGACCCUGGAGGCCAGCGUCGCCUCCCUCGUCGGCUUCCGGGCCAGCCUCGAGGGCCAGCUGGCGGAGGGCCGGGCCGAGGUGGGCGCGCUGGAGCGGGAGGUGGCGGCCGCGGAGACAGGCAAGCGCACGCUCCUGGAGCAGCGCGCACUCAUCCAGGGCGAGGUGGCGCGCCUCUCCGGGCAGUUUGUCGCCACCGCCGCCCAGAAGCAGGCCCUCGGGGAGCAGCGCGCGGAGCUGGGCGCGGCGGUGGCGGCCCUGCAGGCCGAGGAGGAGCGGCUGUCGCGGCAGCUGGCGCGGAGCGGGGCGCGCUCCGACGAGCUGCGGCAGGCGAGCGCGUCUGA